UGUACGGGAUCAGCUGUUGGAGUCUGAACCUUGUCUGUGUCACGGCUCAGUGAUCUGUCUUUAAAACUUAUUUUUCCAGAAAGGGUAAUUCCUCCACGGGUUAGGAGUUUGAGGCUCUCACCAUACCGGGGCCCCUCCUUACACCCGCUUGUCCGGUCCCACCUUGUCUGGACAGCUCGCCCUUUCGCCGUCGGUGAUUUUAGUCCUGCUCGUUGGGGGACUCCCAGUCCCGGGGCGAUCUUCCCACCGAGACUCCAGACCCCUCCCCGCUUUGUUGUCGGUCCCCGCGGGGAACCCAGCUCCCCGCCCCGGGCGCCACCAGGAAUGAAGCUGGACAGCGCGGAGGAGAAGUCGCCGGCCGGCCCCUCCAUGCCCGCAGAGGGCUCUCCCCCGACCCUCGAGCAUGCCUUCUCCAAGAUUCUGCACGCGGCAGGCCCGGGCAACGCAAGGAGUGCCAUCCUUGAAGACCUCGGUGCUUUGAUAGAGGCCGCCGAAUGUGACGAACUGUUUGAGGGCGCCAGGAUGCCCGAGACCCUGGGGCAGGUGGCGAAGACCUUGGAGAAGCUCGCAGCCCCACCCAAGGAGAAGGCAGAGGGAGGCGAUGGGGUUUCCGAAGCGCCUGGGAGAGCAACUGGAGUCGGGUUGCUCUUUCUUAAGCUGCUGGGGAAGGUUAAAGCUGCCAAGACUUCUCCCGCCUGCCCUGCGUGGAGGACGGGCCUCCGCCACUUGGCGGGACCCGCGUACGUUUUUGCGGCCACGCACAGGCUGAAGCAGCCGUGGACCAGUCCAAGAUCUCAGAGUGUGGCUGGUGAGGUGCUGUCCUCACUGCUUCGAGUUAUGGAGUGCAGUUCCGUGGCAGGGUUCCUGUGCGGAGAGAACGAAGAGGAUCGAGGGAGAUUUGCCGCGGUCUUGGGCCUUCUUAAACCCCAUUUGAAUAAGGAAUCCUGGAAGAAUAAUCCCGCUGUCAAACAUGUUUUCUCGUGGAGCCUGCAACAAGUCACUCAGCCCUGGCUGAGCCAGCACCUGGAGAAGAUACUUCCUCCAUCUUUGCUCAUCUCAGAUGAUUAUCAGACGGAGAAUAAGAUCCUGGGUGUGCAGUGCCUCCAUCACAUUGUGGUUAAUGUGCCAGCUGCUGAUUUGCUGCAGUACAACAGAGCCCAGGUCGUAUACCAUGCCCUUUUCAAUCACUUGUACAUGCCAGAGCACCACCUCAUUCAGGCCGUGCUCCUGUGCCUCCUAGAUUUAUUCCCUGUCCUAGAGAAAGCUCUGCACUGGAAGGGAGAUGCAGCUCGAGCUACUACACACUGUCAUGAUGUCCUACAACUGAUCCUCACCCACAUGGAGCCAGAGCACCGCCUUCUCUUACGGAGGACUUAUGCCAGAAACCUGCCAGCUUUUGUGAAGAAGUUGGGGAUCCUAACUGUCCGGCACUUGAAGAGGCUGGAGCAAGUUAUCAUUGGUUAUCUGGAGGUUUAUGAUGGACCAGAAGAAGAAACUAGGUUGAAGAUACUGGAAACCCUGAAACUUGUCAUGCAGUAUACUUGGCCCAGAAUUCCCUGUAGAGUUGUCGUCUUGCUGAAGGCUCUCCUGAAACUGAUAUGUGACGUAGCAAGGGACACAAGCCUCACAACUGAGGCCACUAAGUGUGCCCUGCUCCAAGAAGCCACAGACUGCCUGAUUCUCCUGGACCACUGUUCUCAGGGACAGGUGAAGGAUCUCCUGUCUAAAAUUGUCCUGUCCUGUGAAGACCGCACAGUGGUGAGCUGCAUCAGGAAAGUGCAGCAGAGCUCUGCAGCUGUUCCCUGUGAUGUCUCUUAGAUGACUAACCAGCAAGAAAGGGCACUUUUCCUAUCCCAGAUCUUAUGGAUGGAGUUAUGGAAAUUCUAUUUUUAUACUAAAAAGAUUGUAAGUUGGAA